AUGUCAGAAGAUGAUGCCGUUGUCGUGGAUGGAAAUGCUAGUAGUUUCAUGAAUAAGAGGCAAAUGCCAGUUGCUCCAAGACAAGGUGGUGGAAAAUCAUCAGAAACAGAUGAUCAGAGCGGUGUGGAUAGUCAGAUAGAACCGCCCGAUGAUUGUAAUAUUUUACCACCAAGUAUCGAAUUUGUUCUAUCAUCACCGGCAUUAGGCAUUUUAAAUUUACAUGCAGUUGAUCCACCGUGGUUACCGCAUGCUAAAACUCGUGGUAGUAUAUCGCAAUUACUGGAUUUUGAUGAACAAGCUGAUAUAACCGAUACAAAUAAAAUACAACUAGUCGCAUUAUUUCGUUUAUUAAUUGCAUUGGAAUAUAGUCAUAGUGAUGCAUUGAGAGAUGAAUGUUCAAUAUUAGAAUUAGUUAAAGAUGAUAAACAAACAACAACUGUUACAGGUGGUAUACAAGCGUUAAGUGUUGCCUAUGCUCCUGAUUCGAUUCGAUCAUUACAAAUGUUAGGCAUUAUUGAUUUACUAUCACCGCGUUAUUUAGAAUAUUUAAAAUAUCGAACAACAACAAAUAGUUAG